GAGUUCAGUCUCUGCGCGCAGUGUUCUCGAGUCUGUCGAACUGAGAGGAGAUACGGAAUGGAAAUACUCAGGACUAUCACUUAUCAGCCGGCGAAUAACAAAAUGUGCGACCACGCACUCAACAAAUCCUGUGAGAUUAAAAGAAAGAAAUCCGAAGAGAGUGGUCUCGUGCCUCCUGAAAUGUCGCGGAUCGUUACAGACUCUACAACUGGGAAAUGUUAUUGCCGUGGAAAAGUUCUUGGAAAGGGUGGGUUUGCCAAAUGUUAUGAAUUUACAGAUUUGACGACGAAUAAGUUGUAUGCCGCAAAAAUCAUUCCUCACACGCGCGUUUCCAAGCCGCACCAAAGGGAAAAGAUUGACAGAGAAAUCGAACUGCACAGAGUCCUUCACCACAAGCACAUCGUUCACUUUUUCCACCACUUUGAGGAUAAAGACAAUAUUUACAUCCUAUUGGAAUACUGCAGCAGACGGUCUUUGGCACACAUUCUGAAGGCGCGCAAAGUGUUGACGGAGCCCGAGGUCAGGUACUACCUCAGACAGAUCGUGUCUGGAAUGAAGUACCUCCACGAACAGGAGAUCCUACACAGGGACCUGAAACUAGGCAACUUUUUCAUCAACGAGUCCAUGGAGCUGAAAGUGGGGGACUUUGGUCUGGCUGCCAAGCUGGAACCGCUCGAGAACAGGAGAAGGACAAUCUGCGGGACCCCAAACUAUCUGUCCCCCGAGGUCCUGAACAAGCAAGGGCACGGGUGCGAAUCGGACAUCUGGGCCCUGGGCUGCGUCAUGUACACCAUGCUCCUGGGUCGGCCCCCGUUUGAGACCACCAACCUGAAGGAGACGUACAGGUGCAUCCGGGAAGCUCGGUACUCCAUGCCCACCUCCCUGUCCCCCGCGGCCAAGCUGCUGAUCUCCAGCAUGCUCUCCAAGAGCCCGGAGGACCGGCCCAAUCUGGACGACAUCCUCAGGCACGAUUUCUUCAGUCAGGGCUUCACGCCGGACCGUCUCUCUGUGUCCUGUUGUCACUCUGCGCCGGACUUCCACCUCUCCAGCCCCGCCAAGAACUUCUUCAAGAAGGCGGCUGCCGCCCUUUUCGGAACAAAGAAGGACAAGGCCAAGUACUACGAAAGCCUGAAUAAACUCACCAAAGAGGAAGAGGAACUGUACAAGCUGCGUCACGACCUGAGGAAGACGUCCAUUAGUCAGCAGCCCGGCAAGCAGGCCUCAGAGGACGCUAAGCCUCUGGGUGCCCCCGCCGGAAAGCCGGUCGUUCUGGUGAAGGAGAACAACAACAACAGCAACAAGCAGCAGAUCCGCGACACCAUCCGGAUGAUCGUCCGCGGGACGCUGGGCAGCUCCAGCAGCAGCAGCAGCAGCGAAUGUCUUGAAGACAGCACCAUGGGGAGUGUGGCCGACACGGUCACCAGAGUGCUGAGAGGCUGCCUGGAGAACAUGCCGGAAGCCGACGACAUUCCCAAGGAGAACCUGGGCACCGGCUUCCAGUGGGUGACCAAAUGGGUGGACUACUCCAACAAGUACGGCUUCGGCUACCAGCUGUCGGACCACAUCGUGGGCGUGCUCUUCAACAACGGCACGCACAUGAGCCUGCUCUCCGACAAGAAGACAGUCCAUUACUACGCAGAGCUGGGACAGUGCUCCGUCUUCUCCACAGCGGACGCCCCUGAGCAGUUCAUCAACCAGGUCACCGUCCUCAAAUACUUUGCCCACUACAUGGAGGAAAACCUGAUGGAUGGUGGGGAUCUGCCGAGCGUAGCCGACACCCACAAGCCGACGCUCUACCUCCUGCAGUGGCUGAAGUCCGAUCGCGCACUGAUGAUGCUCUUCAACGACGGCACGUUCCAGGUGAACUUUUACCACGACCACACCAAGAUCAUCCUGUGCAACCAGAACGAGGAGUACCUGCUGACGUACAUCAACGAGGACCGCGUGUCGACCACCUUCCGGCUGAGCACCAUGCUGAUGUCGGGCUGUUCGGCCGACCUGCGCUGCAGGAUGGAGUACGCCCUCAACAUGCUUCUGCAGCGGUGCGGCUGAGCCCCCUACCGGCCUAGGGGUGACGGGGGACCCAUUUCAGGGACGGACCUGCAGGUGGGGGCUGAUGGGGGGGGGGGGGCCCAUUUCCUGGAUGUACCUGAGGAUGGAAUUGAUGAUGGACCCAUUUCUGGGAGGGACCUGAAGAUGAGGCUGAUUGGGGACCCAUUUCUGGGACGGACCUGAAGAUGAGGCUGAUUGGGGACCCAUUUCUGGGACGGACAUGAUCCACUAUGAAAGAACAUUGGACUUGGCGAGGAAGGAGAAGAGAGUGGAAGACUGAAAGUGUGUAGAGAUCAGCCGGGGAAAGCGGAACCAAAGGUUUAACCCGGACCUUUCCGAGAGGAAGAGUAUAGAGGAAGAGGAGGACAAGUAAAAAAGGGAGGAAGAAUGCUGGGCUGGAACCAGAUGGACUUUUAAACGAACUAUAAUAGGAUCAUUAUGAAAAUUAUUAUUACUAUUAUUAUUAUUUUGACAUCUUGCUUUGUUGAAGCAGGGCUGGACCAGUGGACAUUGCUCUGUCCUUUUGACUGUCUUAGGGGGGGCUUCAGCAGGGUGGGGUGAUACGGUGUAGCUCUCUGUGGAGCAGAGUCGACUGUGAAUACAUUCCACUGGGGGG